AUGAAAGCAUUUGAGCAGCUCAUAUCAAGCUCUGUGUAUCUGCUUAGUUCAAUGACAACGACGCUCGUAAACAAAUACAUUCUGUCCGAUCUGCAGUUUGAAAUGCAGUAUUUGCUUGUGAUGCUCCAAUCUCUCACAAUUGUUUGUUCAUUGUUAAUUCUGAGGAGAAUCGGUGUCGUAGAUUUUGAGCUCACAAGGUUCAAAAAGUGGAUGGUUCCAUCUUUGCUACUGACCGUGAUGAUAUUUUCUGGAUCUAAGUCGCUGUAUUACUUACCUAUCUCAAUAUACACGCUGUUUAAGAACUGCAGUAUUGUGAUAACCGCACUGCUAGAAAAAAGGCUUUUUAAUAGAAAAAUAUCUACACUUGCAUACACAUCGUUCAUGUUAAUGAUUGGAAGCUCUUAUAUAGGAGACUCUUCAGAAGCGAUCCUUGCGAUUGAAUAUGGUUGGAUGUUGAUAAACAUUGUGUCCACAACUGCAUAUGUGCUUUCCCUGAAAAUAGCUAUGGAUACAGAUAGUAGAGCAAAGACUGAGUCAGUGUAUUACUCGAACCUUGUGUCUUUACCUAUUCUCGCACCCUUAUCGUUUGUAUUUGACAAUAAAAGCAGCAAGGGAAUUUCCACGGAAGUGAUAGCAUGGGUGUUUGUGUCAUCUGUCUGUGCGUUUUUCACAUCAUUUAGUACGGCAUGGACAUUGAAUGUUCUUUCCUCAACGACUCUUGGGAUGCUUGGAGCAUUGAACAAAAGCUUUGGAUCGUUUCUUGGCAUUAUCGUUCUGAAUGAAAGCAUAAAUGCAUGGAAAGCUUUUUCUUUGCUACUCGGAUCUGUCUCUGUAGUGAUGUAUUCGUACGGAAUUUCAUAUGAACAGAAGUAA